ACGAGUCGCUCUAAUGUGCAUCCAGCUGGCGCUGAUUUCCUAGAAAUCAUUGCAAACUUUCCGCAAUGGUGUUUGGUGACUCGCCCGCGAUCAAGCAGGCGGUGGAGACGGGCAAUGCCAUCCCCGCCGCACAGCUGAAGACCAUUCUCAACCGCAUCUUCUCCAGGCUCCUGACCAAGGAGGAUGCGUUCUCUGCCACUGAGAAGCAGCAGCUCGCUGCAACCUUUGAGUUGGAGCUCAAUGAUGUGCAGCUUCUCGUCGAUUCGCUCACGCUCAUGAUCCAAACUGCCGCCUAUCACCAGCUGUCUGAAAAGGCGAUGGCCAAGCACCUGACCAAUGCUGGACUUGCAGAAGAUCAUGUGAUGGUGUUCACAAAGCAGUGGGCAAACAAAUCAGCAGGCAUCAUCGACGCGCUGCGCAACAGUGGAUUCUACAGCUCUCAGCUGGAGACGGUUGCGUGGAGUUUGGACGUUGGUGUCGCAGACAGCGUUGCUGGCACCACCGCGCAGCCAAACGCCAAGCUCCAACUGGGCCUUUCCACCUCACAGGGAGGUACAGAGUCUAUCACCGUUGCCAUGACACAGCCCGAGCUGGAGCAGUUUUACGAUAAGUUGGAGCAAAUCCAGGGCCAGCUUGAUGCCCUGUCGUGAGCCACACCGCUGCCAACCACCAACGCUGCCAAUCACCAACGCUGAUGAUGAUGAUGAUGAUGGGAGAUGGUGAUGCAAGACGAAAUAUACUUUUCAGGCCCGGUCUGGGCGGUCACCCCUCUUUUUGCUGGCUUGCGUGCGUACUUCUCUUCUAGGAUCCCUCUUGUUAUGUGUCGUGUACGAUCAUCCAACACUGUGCUUCCCUCCCUUGUUAUUGACGCUUUCCACCGCGGGUGUUUGAGCUGUUCUCACACCGUCGGCGUGGCCGUAUGGCGACUGCAUCAUUAAACAGUCCCACACCAACCAUUUCAU